CCGCAGCAGGUUCCCCAGGGUCGCCGGGAUCUUAAGCCAUUCUCCCAGCCCUGUUCACUUCCGCACUGUGACAGAUUCCCGUCGGCAGCAGAUUCGCCUCACACAGCGGGCACCUCCGGGCAGCGGGUCCCCCUCGGCGCAGCGUCCCCUGCAGUGUUGCAAGGGUCCUCUCCAGCAGAUCCCCGCCGGCCCCAGGUCCCCUUGAGCCGUCCUCAGUCACGGGUCUGCCUCCGCCGCGGGUUCUCGGCCCCGGAUCCCCCUCAGCAGCAGAUUCGCCUCCCGCUCCGCAUGCUCCGCCUCCCGACUCCGCCCUCCUGGGCUCUCGGAGGGUGUCGGGGCGUGCGCCGCGGUCGGCGCUGGCGGGCGAGCCGGUCUCAUGGCGGCCGGGCCGCCGUCCCCGGGGUCCUCCGUGUCGGCGGCCGCUUACCCCGACUCACCCGUGGAGCUCCCGGCUCGUCUGCAGGCCGGCGCCAUGCGGCGGCGCUUCUGGGGCGUGCUCAACUGUCUGUACGCCGGCGCCUUCGGGGCCCUGGCCGCCGCCGCCGCCAAGCUGGCCUUCGGCAGCCAGGUGAACAUUGGCUUGCGGGCCUUAGGCCUUAUCGCCAUGGCAAGCACCAAUUCUCUGAUGUGGACCAUGUUUAGCCGGGGCCUCAGCUUCUCCAUGUCUUCGGCCGCUGCAUCUGUCACAGUGACUUUUUCGAACAUACUCAGUUCGGGUGGCCUGGGAGUGCGGCCUUUGACUAUCAGCCACAGGGAGAUGCCAGACCAACCACAGGCCCCUGACCACCUCACCGCCUGGAGGGUUGGAGCAUUGGCCCCUGUAAGAGGCAGAUAACCGCCACAGCACAGGCCCUUCCGCGCUGGCACAGUGCUUUGAUUCUCGUGCUCCGGGGCUGCCUCAGUGAAUCCUGGAAGACUGUGAUCUUGGCCAGCAACAUGUCAAGUACCUGAGAAGCGUUGUGGUUAUGGUUCUCCUGCCUGGCCAUGGCCCUUCAUAUACCCCAGAGUCGGUGGCUGAUGGGGUGGGGGGGUUUCCUGAAGAGACAAACAAGCAACAUGUGUACUGUGUCAGGUAGUCUGUCACGUCUAUGAAUUCACAGCUUGGGCUAAUAAAUGCUUAUUUGUAAGUUAAA